AUGUUUCAGGGAAUCCCGGAAUGGAUUUUAAACAUGCCUUGUGGGCACUCGGCGGGGGCCACAGCGCAGACCAGACUUCACUCGCUUGCAGCUCGCUCCGCGCCCUCUGCAACAAUGUCUGACAAGCCCAAUUUGGCUGAGAUUGAGAAGUUCGAUAAAUCGAAAUUGAAGAAAACGGAAACGCAAGAGAAAAAUCCACUGCCUUCGAAAGAAACGACUGAAUAG